GAUGCAGGUGGAAAUGGGAGAGAUACCUUGAAGAAUAAGAAGGGUCAAGUUAAUGCCGGCAUACUGGGUUAAUCUUCAGGCGCAUUGUGAUUAACAAUGUAAAGACACAUGUUCUUACCCAGAGAGACCACCUUUUUUAGAAACUUCGUAAGGCAGACCACCACACUUUUUCACUGUCAGGGCUUUUGGGGAAAACAGCAGGCAAGAAAAUGUAAAAGCAUCCAGUUGUGGAACCGGCCACAAAGAGUAACAAAGACCCGUGUAGAGUAGCUGUAAAGACAAGUCACACAGACCUUCAGGAUCAGAGGGAGGGAAAAGGUUGAAAAGAGAAAGUAAAGCAUGAAGAGGAAAAGGGAACGGAGACAAAGCUUGGAUAUGGCGGCAAAGAAUUGGGAAAAGAAAAGAGUUUUAAGAGGAAAAGGCAAGCAGGAAACCCGAGUCUCUGUGGGAGUCGAUUAAAGAGUGUAAAGAUCAAGAUGAAGUUCAAAGUCAAGCAUGGGCAAAGCAUAUUUGAGGAUGUGCGUGAUGCAGAAGAUGCUCUUCACAGCCUGGACAGAAAGUGGGUUUGUGGCCGUCAGAUUGAAAUCCAGUUUGCCCAGGGUGACAGAAAGACACCAAAUCAGAUGAAGUCAAAGGAAAGGCAUUCUCCAGGCAGGUCCUCUCGAUACGACGACUACGAUCGAGACAGCCGGCGCAGACGGUCGCGCAGUCGCAGCUACGACCGAUACAGGUCACGCAGCCCUUCUUACGAUCGACAUCGCAGGCGAUCGGAGAGUCCUCGAGAGUCUCGUGGACGAGGGUAUGGAGGAAGAAGCAGGAGCCGCGAGGAUGAAAGAUACAGGCCGAGGCCUCGGAGAGAGUCCAGAGGAAGAUCUCGUUCACGCUCAAAAUCUGCAUCUCCACGAGAAAACGCCAACCCAGCGUCGACUUCCCAUUACACCGAGGAAGAAGUACGACGGACACACUCCCCAUCCCGCUCCAGAUCCCGGUCUGCAUCGAGAUCCCGCUCUCGUUCGCGUUCUCGGUCCCGAUCCUGGGCUGGGCGCAAGUCGGGCGGACGCUAGAAUAGUACCUGCUCGCCCUGUUAUCCGUCUGUGUCAGAUGCACCAGAGCUGGUUCAUUUGUCAAGAAAUGUUUGUUUUGACAUGAAUGUAACAUUGUAGACAAACAUUUGUAGAAAGCUUGUUUUUGCGGCUCUAUUUUAAGAACAACGGUGGUCCUUUGCUUGGUUUUAUAAAAUUUCAUUGAUGAGAUUUUCCCGAUUUUAGAAAGAUGAAACGGUCAGCGGCGGUUUCUGUGUUCAGUGGUAGUCUGCCAGGAAUAAUUGUCUUUUUUAUAUACGGUUAUUGAUAGGUUUGUUUUCUAAACCCUAUGCACCCAUUUUUGCAAAAAGAACAUUCAGUAUUUUAAAAUGAAUCCAGUCUGUUGAUGGACCAAACCAGCGUUUUCUGUGUGCUUUAUCGCAUUUAUAACAAAUCAUGUACUUUUUACUCUACUGCUGACCACAGAUUUUUCUUCCUUUCUUUCAGCCACAGGUGUUCAUUUAUUUUACUGUAUCAAAGUAAACUGUAAAUUCAAGUUUUAGUCUCUGCAAGACAAUGAUUGUCAUACUUUGAAAAUGAGUCUGUGGCUGCCAGGAAGAAAAACAUAAAAAAUGUAAAAGGAUAUGGUCUGCGUUGGAAAAUGAUCAGCACUAGCGUCAAGUAUGAAUAUUGAGGCAAAAAUACACACAAACGCUGCUGUGGUCCUUAAGUGUUAAGAUGUUGUCGACCAUUGACUCUAACCACAAGCUGUUUAUAAAAAAAAAAAAAAAAAGUACAUUAAUCUGUUUUUAAUUUUGUGGUGUUUUCUGUACGAUUUCCGAAAGUAUUUUAUUUUCCGAAUAGUUCUCCAAAUUUUGGUUGAGAGGAGGAACAAAAGUUGCUCAUUGGUGUUUACAUGACUGUGGUUUCCUUCAGAAUGAAUCUUGUCACUGCAUGUUCUAUUCUCUAAUCUUCUAUCUUUAGUAGGAAUAAACUGUUAUUUUCAGUAAUAAAUGGAUAACAUUCA